AUGCCUUCCCCAUCAUCAAGAGGAUAUACAUCAUUUCCAUCUUCUGCAGACCUCUUCUACUUCUGCACAACGUCCUCCACAUCUGAAGAGGAUCUGAACAUCCACUAUGCACCACCAUCGAAGUCCUCCUUGAAGAUCGGCGUGUUGAUCUUCGGUAAUGAGCAAAUCCAAAUGAUGGAUCUUGCCGUGGUCGACCUCUUGGCCAAGAUUGGAAGGAAUGGACUCACUCGACUAAAUGCACCGGCCGCAGCUCAAGACCAAGCCGUGGACGAGCUCGAUAUUCGAUAUGUGAACGAGAGCGGAGAGGGAUCUUUUGCUAUCACCUCCGGCGCUCGAAUGCCAGUGACGAAUUCCUUCGACGAUGCGCCUCAGUUCGACAUCCUGGUCAUACCUGGUUCAUUUUCAGCAAGCGAACUGCCAGUCUCCGCUACCGCCUUCCUCACCACCCAGUCGGCCAGUCCGGGCAUGACGGCAGUGUUCUGCGUCUCUUCAGGAAUUCUCAGGUUGGCUCAAUCAGGCGUCCUCUACCAGAAACGCGCAACAGGCCCACCAAGUCUACUCCGGACGCUUCGACAGAGAUAUCCUGACACGAUAUGGCAGAACAUGCCAUGGACGCGACACGACCACCUCUGGAGCAGCACUUCGGCGAUCUCGGCUCUGGACAUGGUAGCAGCAUGGAUGCGAGAGUACUUCUGGGACCGCAGGGAUGCUGUGCAAUUUGGCCUGACGGCGGCGGGCAUUGCUCCGCUUGAUGAAGACGACGAAUAA